GAGCAAAAACACCUCGCUUUCCACGACUCCAACACCCAAACAUAACCUUCACGACACCGACAGCCAGUCGAUCAGCUGUUCCACUCCCCAAACAGUGGACUGUUGUAAACUACUCCACUUCCUCAUUAUCACUGCUCCGGUUUUCGAAUAAAAAAGAGAGUGAGAUGGUGAUCACAAUCCGCUGCACCACAGGUGCAUCAACGCUCUCAAAAAUGGGGGUUUCACCCAUAACUAGUGUGUUUUCUCCACGCUCUGCGAACCCACUGAGUCUGAAUAUUCGAUCGCUGUCUGCUGUCGCUCAGCAGAAACUGCAGAAUGAAGCCAGACCCAGGACUGGUAUUUUGAUGCUGAACAUGGGGGGUCCUAAAACAACCGACAAAGUUGGGGAAUAUUUACACAGGAUUAUGACGGAUCGAGACAUGAUGCAGUUGCCAAUGCAGAGUCGCCUGGGCCCUUGGAUCGCCAGGAGAAGAACACCUGAGGUCCAGAAGAAGUACGCAGAGAUUGGCGGAGGCUCGCCAAUUUUAAAGUGGACUAAUCUGCAGGGAGAACUCCUCUGCAAACAAUUAGACAGAGUGUCCCCCGAGACCGCUCCGCACAAGCACUACGUUGCUUUUCGUUAUGUUGAUCCUCUCACCGAGGAAGCUCUCCAACAAAUAGAAGAGGAUGGAGUUGAGCAUACUGUGAUUUUCUCGCAAUAUCCUCAGUACAGCUGUGCCACCACUGGGUCCAGCUUCAACGCUAUUUAUAAUUAUUACAAAACUAGAGAAAUUCCGAAAAACAUGAAGCUGAGUGUUAUUGAUCGUUGGCCAACACAUCCACUGCUGGCUAAAACAUUUGCAGAGAAAAUUAAGGCCGAAUUGAAGGAAUUCCCAGCGGAUGUUAGAGAUAAUGUUCACAUACUGUUUUCGGCGCAUUCGCUUCCUCUGAAGGCUGUGAAUAGAGGUGAUCCCUACCCCAGCGAAGUGGCGGCAACGGUGCACAUGGUAAUGCAAGAGCUGAAUUACUGCAAUCCGUAUCACCUGGUGUGGCAAUCCAAGGUCGGUCCCCUAGAAUGGUUGGGGCCAUUCACAGAUGCAGCGCUGAAAGGCUACGUGAAACAAGGAAAAAAACAUUUUAUUCUAGUUCCAAUAGCAUUCGUUAAUGAACACAUCGAGACACUCCAUGAAAUGGACAUCGAGUACUGCGAUGAAUUAGCAAAAGAGCUGGGAAUUGACAAAAUCAGACGAGCAGCUGCGCCAAACGACCAUCCUUUAUUCAUCGAUGCUCUGACUGAUAUUGUUACCACUCACUUGCGAUCCAAACAAGCUUAUAAUCCUAAAUUUCUUACGAGGUGCCCUCAUUGUGUCAAUGAUAACUGCGGGCUCAGUAAGACUUGGUUUCAAAGAGUUUGUAGGAUUUAAAGGAGAGAGUCUGAGACAUUAAUGUCGUCAAUCAUUGUUAACUUUGAUGAUUAUUUUCUGAUGUCAGUGGAUGAGGAAUAUCUAUUAUUGGUAAUGGGGUUUUAUAGACUGCUAAUUUUUUUGUUA